UUUCGACAGAUGGUAACUCUUCGCAGCCAAACCUCAGAGACAGUGCCACCACGGAAGCGUCCAUUGUUGACCCCGUUUGCGACCCAGUCGACGAUAAACUUCUAGCGCAUCUAGUGCGUUAUGCUCCCAUUGCCUUGAAUUUUAUUUAUGCUACCAAGGAAGUGGACAUGCAGCUCCUUGCUGCCCAACAGGGUUGGCGGUUGUUAUACGCCUACUUGGAUCAAUCCAUGGACGCUGAUCAAUUGACGGACCGACCAGCAUCCGCCAUCUUUGUUAAUGAAGAACUGAAGAUAGCUUGUUUGGCAGUCCGAGGAACGGCUACUAUUAAUGAUGUGGUCACAGAUAUUCGUCAGAUUCCAGUCCCGUUUCCGGAUGUGGAUCCUGAGAAUAGUAGUGACAGUGAAGCAAUUGUCGAAGAAGAGGAAUGGACCGACGUUUUUCGUGGGCAAGGACUUGCACUCUGUGGAAUGGCAUCAGCGGCUCUCAAUCUAUUUCGUGAACAUAUUGAUUCGUUGAUUUUGUUGGCCAAGGAUGGGUAUCGUUUGCGUCUUACUGGACACAGUUUGGGAGGUGGGGUUGCGACGAUGAUGGGUGCACUGAUCCUUCGCCAUUUGCAGAAAUACACUGACCUGGAUACACGGGCAGUUUCAGCGGCAACUCCCGAUAGCGUGGCAGAGGAAAAUGAUCUAUUGCGAGUUUAUGCUUAUGGAACCCCGUCGUGCAUGGAUGAAAAACUCGCCGAGUCAGUCGAUACCUUUACUACUACAGUGGUUCUUCAUGAUGACGUCUUUCCUAGGUUGACGGCCACGAGUUGCCGAGCCUUGUUGAAACACCUUUUGCAUAUUCGAGAGACGUGGGUCAAGACGCACAUUGAAGAAGAUCUUCGAGCAGUGGGAGAGCGCGCCAAACAGGUCUGGGCGCCUCGAUUCCGCCAGUCCUUUGCGCUCAAGGCAAAUCCAGUGUCCAUUAAGCGGUACUGCAAGCGACAGUUGGACAAUGGGCGAAAGAAACUGCUACAGGUCACGGAAAAAUUCCCCUGUGGAGAUGACGAAAAGGCUGUCAACGAUGACGAAGAGACCUUUGUGCAAGACGAAGAUUUGUUCCGUGACCAUCACGCCGGCAAAGCAAGCCCUUCGCCAAUCCGAAACAGCGCAGUUGAAGAGAAGAAGGAUUCGUUUGACAUGGACAUGGAGAAACCAGGCCCACAGCUUGUAUUGGAGUUCCUAGGUGGCGCUGACACGACAGUUGAAGGCAUUGUGAUUGACGGAGAAGAGUUCUUUGAUGCUGGUGGCAAUUUGUUGGAAAAGGGAAAUGAUGGAAUAGACGACGCAUCGACUAUUGGAGGUUAUCAUGAUCCAGUGGAGUCCAUUAUGGACGAAGCAAGCGCAUUGACCGGUGGCGAAAGCUGGUCGUUUGAUACGAGCCCAAAGAAGAAAAACUCGCUGUUAGAACAUCCGGAAGAGGUAGAUCAAGCUACAGAAAAUGAUCCCUCCGCUGUCUUCCUGGAAGAAACAAAGCUGCACAGAAUGUUCAUCCCAGGAAAAGUCGUGCACAUUUACUCCCAUCGGGGUGUAUACAAAAUUGCACAAGUGCCCAGAGCUUUCCGAGAACUAAGAAGAAUCAGUCUGGCUGGGAAUAUGUUAUCCAAUCACGGCACAAAAUCCUACUAUGAAGCCUUAUUGGAGGUGCAAACAGCUAGAGUAGCUGCUGAGCGACCACCUAGAUGGACAGCCUUUGACGAAGACAAUACAUGUUCAUGCUGUGCCAGUCGCUUUACAUGGGCCAGUACCUCCAAUAGCGAGGCGCAACAAGCGAGAGAUAAGCACAACUGUAGAUCUUGUGGAGGCCUCGUCUGCGACCCUUGCGCUAAGAGCCGAGUGCCUGUUCCUUCUGUUGGUCUCACAAUACCGGUUCGCGUUUGCGAUCGAUGCUACAACGACAUGAGUGGCGCUUCUACAGCGAAGACUCUAGAAUCACCUAUUUCCGUGUCAUCCGAGAAUGCUUCGCCAUCCAAAUCCUUUGAGAAAGUGGAGUAUCCUGAAGCUGAUCAUCGGCCUGAACGGCUACGUACGAAACGUAGCGCAGUGGUUGACGAUUUGGCAUCCCGCAUUCGAUCAUCUGCACUAGCAAAUUAUUCAUAA